AUGCAUUCAGCCUCUGAGGAAUUUGAGCGUCCUCCAAAUCCAAAAUAUAAGGCCAAUAUCUUUUCGACUCUCACUUUUUGGUAUGCGAUGAAAACAUUUAAAAUUGGCAGAAAACGUGAACUGGAAGAAACGGAUCUUACGGAACCGCUGGAAGAGCACAAAUCGUCAGUUUUAGGGGAAAAAUUGGCGCGAAAUUGGGCCAAGGAAGUGGCAGCUCGUAAAAAAGAAAAGGGUAAACCCAGCCUGUCUAAAGUGAUCAUAAAAACGUUCCGUCAUGAUAUCGUUUUCUAUGGAAUUAUUUUAUUUGUUAUGGAAAUUUGUGUGAGGCUUUUGCAACCGAUUUUUUUAGGACUAUUCAUAAGAUAUUUUAAUGCAAGCAACAUUGAAAGUACAGAAGAGCAAUACCCUCCUAUGUACAUAAUGCGAGUUUUCUUCUAUUUUUCCAAAAAUCAAGGCCGCAUUUCGAUAGAAGAGGCAUUCGUUUUUGCUAUCUGCAUCAUGGGGUGUAGUUUCAUUACAAUAGGAACCUUCCACCCUUAUAUGAUGGCAGCACUGCAUGUGGGCAUGCGGGUUAGAGUCGCCUGCUGCUCACUCAUCUACCGAAAAGCGCUUAGAAUCCGGCUCACAGAUCUUGGUGGUAAAACGGUUGGCAAUACUGUAAACCUAAUGUCAAAUGAUGUUAAUAGGUUUGAUUUUUCACCGCCUUUUUUGCAUUAUUUAUGGAUAGCGCCACUUCAAGCUGGACUCAUUGCCGUAUUUAUUUACUUUGAAAUGGGAAUUUCCGCGUUUUAUGGAAUGAUUGCAGUUGCUAUUAUUAUGCCUAUACAAAUCCUUCUAAGCUUAGCAACCAUCAAUCUUCGUCUAAAAUCAGCAGACAGAACUGACAACAGGGUGAGACACAUGAACGAAAUAAUACAGGCUAUACAAGUGAUUAAAAUGUACGCGUGGGAGAAUGCUUUUGCCCUAAUGAUCAGUGGUUUGAGAAAAAAAGAACUUGCGAUACUAUUGCUGACCUCAUACAUACGUGGAAUGACAAUGUCGUUUGUAAUGUUCACCUCGCGUUUGGGUAUAUUUUUGACUGUCCUAAGCUAUGUUCUAUUGGGCCAUGAAGUGACUGCAGAAAAAGUUUUCGUCAUCGGUGGUUUUUACAUGAUUAUUAGGCAAAAUAUGACAGUGUAUUUUCCUCAAGGAUUAAAUUCGGUAGCAGAAACCAGUGUGUCGAUAAAGCGUAUUGAAAGUUUUUUAUUGACUGGUGAAGCAACAGUAGGCGAUCGUUGUGUCUUAGAUCCAGACUUUGAUACGUUCGAACAAAAACGCAAGAGAGGCUUUUAUAGGCCAAUUUUAAAGAAACUUUCCAGUAGUACCCUUGACUCUGUAAUGAUUUCAGUACCAAGCAGAUUGUCAUAUAACCCUAGAAUGAGUGUAAGGGAAUCAGAUAGCGUUAGAGAGGCUUUAGUAUCUCUGACCGGGCUACCUUUGAGUGAGGGAGCAGAGGCGGAAGUUAUUAUUUUUAGAGGAAUAGCCAAGUAUGGAGAAGAUUUGUGUUUGGAUAAUAUUAAUCUUGGUAUGAAGGCAGGAGAGUUAGUAGCCAUUGUUGGGGCAGUAGGAGCAGGAAAAUCGUGCCUUUUAAAUUUGAUUUUGGGCGAACUAAAGCUUUUCAGUGGCAAAAUUGCUGUUCAUGGUGUUGUAUCCUACGCUUCUCAGGAACCCUGGUUAUUUGCUGGUUCUGUACGUCAAAAUAUUGUAUUUGGCAAAGAAUUCAAUCCUGAUAGGUACUAUCAAAUAGUAAAAGUGUGCGCCUUAAAACGAGAUUUCUCCUUGUUGCCUUAUGGAGACAGAACCAUUGUCGGAGAACGUGGAAUUUCGUUGAGUGGCGGCCAAAGGGCUAGAAUUAAUUUGGCUAGAGCCAUCUAUAAAGAUUCUGAUAUUUAUUUAUUAGACGAUCCACUAUCUGCUGUUGAUAUUCAAGUAGGCCAACAAUUAUUCGAAGAAUGCAUGGUUCGUUUUUUGAAAGACAAAAUCGUAGUUCUAGUAACCCACCAGCUUCAAUACCUGAAAAGAGCCGAUAAAUUGGUUAUAUUAAGCGAAGGUGCUAUACAAAUUCAAGGCACUUAUGACGAAAUUAAGCAAAGCGGCGUAUCUUUUGCUGUACUUCUUGAAGAGGCUGCCACCAUAGCAGGGCCAGCUGAGCAAGACAAAGAAUAUGAGAAAGUUUUAAGAGCAAUUUCUCUCACUAGCGCUGCUUUCAACAGUGCCAUAGACAUUGAAGGUCUUAAAGCAGGUCCUAGAUUGACACCUGAAAUGCGCACUCUUGGUAAAGUUAGCUUUACUAAUUACAAGGAGUACUUUCUGGCAGGCGGUAAUUGUUGUGUGCUAAUAGUCAUGGUGAUAUUUUUUAUUGGAGCUCAAUUCCUGGCAAGCGCGGGCGAUUAUUUUUUGAGCCAGUGGAUUACUUUGGAAGAAUUACGAGCGCAUUUUGGCCACGCGGAAGACGCAAAUUUUUGGAAUCAGUUUUCGAGGGAUAAUUGCAUCAAUAUCUAUACUGGUUUUAUGGUGGCAACCGUUAUUGUGGCCAUAACUAGGAGUUUGUUUUUUUUUUCGAUUUGUAUGAGAUCAUCUUUCAGAUUGCACAAUCGAAUGUUCGAAAGCAUAAUUUUAGCAGCCAUGCGAUUUUUUCAUCAAAACUCGUCCGGUCGAAUACUGAAUAGAUUCUCAAAAGAUCUUGGCCAAGUGGAUGAACUUUUACCAAUAGCUUUUAUCGAUACCACUCAGUUAUUACUCAAUCUUCUGGGGGCUAUAAUAGUGGUUUGCGUUGUAAAUGUUUGGUUUUUGAUUCCUGUCGCCGUCAUGUUGUGCCUAUUUUAUUUAUUGAGACGUUUUUACCUCAAGACCAGCAGAAGUGUUAAAAGAUUAGAAGGAAUUGCUCGUAGUCCCGUUUUUGCUCAUCUAAAUGCCACAUUGCAAGGAUUAGCAACAAUAAGGAACAAUUGUGCUGAAAAAGAGUUAGUGGCGGAAUUUGAUUACUUGCAGGAUUGUCAUAGUAGCGCCUGGUUUAUGUUCUUAUACACUUCCAGAGCCUUCAGCUUGUGGCUAGACUGGAUUACCGCCAUCUUUAUUGGUGUAGUUACAUUUACUUGCGUCAUCUACUCUAAAUCUAUUUACGGUAGCAGCGUCGGUUUAGUAAUAACUCAAGCUAUAGGUUUGACUGGUCUUAUUCAGUGGGGCUUAAGACAAUCAGCCGAGCUAGAAAAUCAAAUGACUUCAGUGGAACGCGUCCUAGAAUUUACUAAAGUCGAGCAUGAGCCUGAUUUAUUGAGUGCUCCUGAUAAAAAACCACCUCCUGCUUGGCCUAAAAAAGGACUUAUUGAGUUUUUGGAUACCACUAUGAGGUAUAGUCCCUAUGAACCGCCUGUUUUGAAGGAGUUGAACUUGACGAUUUUGCCACAACAAAAAGUUGGUAUUGUUGGUAGAACUGGAGCAGGUAAAUCCUCCCUUAUAGUCACCCUAUUUCGUCUAGCCUAUUACGAAGGUGAAAUUUACAUAGACCAUUUAGACAUUAGUGUUUUGGGGUUGCAUGAUUUAAGGCGAAAAAUUUCUAUCAUCCCCCAAGAACCCGUACUUUUUAAUGGUACUCUACGCUACAAUUUAGACCCAUUUACCGAAUAUAAUGAUGACAAAAUAAUGGCUGCUCUGAUAGCUGUAGAAGACAAGGAGGCAAUGACGAAAGGCAAAGAAUACUUAGAGAAAAUCAUGUCGGAGGGUGGUCAGAAUGUCAGCGUAGGUCAACGCCAAAUGAUAUGUUUAGCCCGUGCAAUUUUACGUGACAAUAAAAUACUAGUUAUGGAUGAGGCUACUGCAAAUGUGGACCCUCAAACCGACAAACUUAUCCAGACCACUAUAAGGACAAAAUUCGCGCAUUGUACUGUGUUAACUAUAGCCCAUAGAUUACACACGGUAAUGGAUUCGGAUAAAAUAAUUGUUAUGGACGCUGGGGAGGCUGUAGAGUAUGAUCAUCCUUAUAUUUUAUUGCAAAAUCCCAAAGGUUAUUUUUCGGAGUUGGUCAGGAAAACUGGGUCUGGGACUGCGACACAUUUGAGGAGAAUUGCCAAACAGAAUUAUGAAGAAAAACAAAAAGUUUCUCAAAUAUUAGAAAAAGACGAACAAGAACGUAGAGAAUCUUUUGUAUCAGCUACAACGAACCAGAGUUCCGACACACUCUAG